AGUGAUUCAUAUAAUUUUCUCCUAUUGAACAAAAAGAAACAAGAAACGGUCAGCACCUGACCUGGAAUCCCGCAAGUCAUUUUGGAAGAGGGACAAGUGGCAAUGAACACAAUGAACAGAAAAAGAAAAAAAGGGAUGGUGGGGGAGACAAAUUCAGUUAUUUGGAUAUCCAUAAUUUUUUCUAAUUCUCUGCAGCACACGCCGCUGUCGUUCCAGAAAUAUUCGCACGGGACGAGCUCGUUUCCAGUUCUGCUCGCGACAUUGCUGAUCGAAGGCUACAUGCUCCUCAGGAGUACGUAUGACGCGUGGCCUACCCAUUUCGGAGCCGGAGAGAAACUGCUGCGCGCGCGCUCGGCUUCGUCGGGAAGCAGCAACACCACUACUGACGCAACCAAUCGCUCGCCUCUCUCUUUCCUUUUCGCGCAUGCGCAUGGGAUUAAGUCGGAGGAGUUUUCGGCGUACAAGCGACAGACGGGUGGACGGACGAGUCGGCUAGUCAUAUACAGCUUCGCUGUAAAACAAAUCGUAGGACGGGGAGGCUGAGCACUGCACAACAUCACAAAAGAAUUUCUUUGUGACGUACUUUACCAUAUUAUCAGUCGAGGAGCUUUUGAAUGAUUGAGCCCAUUGAGAAACAUCAUUCUAAAGCCGAAUUUGCUUCUGAGGUUCAGUGCUAACGCUAUUCUUUUGUACGAGUCUUGUUUAAUUUUUUUCCACUGUCAUCUUUGACAUGCAAACAUUUGUACAUUGUUGCAGCAAGCCUAACUCAAAGGUAAGAAAUGAGGCGGUCGCAAGCAAAGCACGGUCCUAAAUGUUGGAACGAUCUGUUUUUCUGAACAAUUUGUAAUAAAGACAUGUGUUUUUGCAACGGCAA